CCGAGGAUGGCAAGAAGAUGAUCACACUGAGGAGCUCGGACGGCCAGGAGUUCAGGUUGGAGAUGGAAGCAUGCAUGAUGUCUGAGAUACUCACGUUCGUCUUCGACGACUGCGGCACGGAGAGAGAAGUUACUCUACCCAACGUCAAUGGCGAGACCCUGAAAAAAGUCAUCGAGUACUUGAAGAAGCACACAGAAUCCACCUCCAAAUGGCCUGAUGACGACGAGCUCAAGGCAUGGGACGAUGAGUUCAUGAAGGUCGACACGAACACCCUCCACGACCUACUGAAAGCAUCCAAUUAUUUGAUCAUCCAAGACCUGUUGGAUUUGUGUGUGAAGACAACCGCAGAACUAAUGAGAGGGAAAAGAGUAGAGGACAUCCGUGAGAUCUUCAAUAUAAAGAGUGAUUUCACCAAAGAAGAAGAGGCGGAGAUCGGAAAAGCCAACCGGUGGGCGUUUAGAUGAGAGAUGCAUGCUUUUGGUUGAUGACUCUACCACUAAAUGGCUUUUA